AUGCCUUCUGUCUUUGCUUGGUACGCAGCUGUGCUGUGGCUGCUUGCAUUUGCAGACGAGGUAGAGUCCGCCACAACUAGAACCAAAGUCGUCAUUCUCGGAGGAGGAUAUGCCGGAAUGCAAGUCGCCAAGACGCUGAGCGACAACGGAGUCGACGACUUCAUCGUCCUAGAAGCCCAAGAAAGAGCAGGAGGACGAAUGUUAUCUGGCUCCUUGCAGGGUCUCCCAGCGGAAUAUCUAUGGGGACGUGUGGAUACCAGAGAGUCUGUCUCUGAUCCCCUUCGAGAUCUUUUCGAUAGCUGCAAUCUUGCACAUUCACCUCUGGAUUAUUCGAGAUAUCAAGCUGUGAACGACAGAGGAGUGAACGUUACAAUUGAAGCUUCGCAAGCGGAAAAAAGGCUGUCCAACAGCGUGUCACAGCUCAAGGCAGCCUGGAAAAAUGGUGUUUUUGAAGGCCAAGAUGAUAUGAGUGUCAGAGCAGCACUUCGUCUAUAUGGUUGGAUUGCUAAAUCACCAGUGGAAUGGGCUGUAGAAUUCUAUUGGUUUCAACUUGAAACUGUGGACCAAUUAGCUGCCAUGUCUGCAAAGGAAUAUUUAUGGCUGAGUGAAUUCUACAAGACCCAACAAUACAUUAAGAGUGGCAACUCUUUUGAAGGUAUUCAAAAAAUGACUGAAUGUUUUAAGAACACCUUUGCAAGUGGUCAGUAUUCUGAUCGUCUACGUGUAAACAGCCUCGUGCGUGAAAUACAAUACAGCGAUGAUAGUGUUACAGUCACUCUAGAAGAUGGUUCGGUGUACAUUGCUGAGUAUGCAGUGGUCACGUUCAGUUUGGGAGUGCUGCAGCAUGAUGAUGUGACAUUCACACCACAGUUACCUCUGUGGAAACGUAUGGCGAUCACUCGGUUCUAUAUGGCUCCUCUAGGAGUUGUGUAUGCCUAUUACGAACCAAAAGCACGACGUCAGCUGUCUUCACGAAAUAUGUUUGUGUCUGAUGAUCGUGGCAGGUACCACUGGAGCGUUGAAAUUACUCAAGUAAUUGAAAAUACAUUACAACAUAGCCAGCCAUACGAUCUAUUCAUGACGUGGGUGUUUGAUGAUGAUGCUUUUCGAGUCGAAGGUCAGCCUUUAAAUCAGACACAGCAAGAAGUCGCCGAGUUGUUUCGCAAACACUAUGGGCCAUCAUUUCCUGAACCUCGAGGAUGA